GAUCAUUCGGACUGGCGGUUCGAUAGGUGGCUCGUUUUAAUCCAGAACUCAUUUCUCGGCUACAAUCGCUCUGCCAUGUCUGUGGUGAUUGAAACAACCAUGGGGGACUUCACGGUCGAUCUCUUCGUUGAGGAGAGGCCGCGAACUUGUAUGAAUUUUCUGAAACUUUGUAAAUUGAAGUAUUACAAUCUACAACUUUUUUUCAAGGUGACACCGAACUUCGUUUGCCAAGCGGGAGACCCCACUCUGAGCGGAAGGGGCGGGAGCUCCAUGUUCAGUCAUCUUUAUGGAGAGCAAGCGCGGUAUUUCGAAGCGGAAAGCCAGCCCCGAUUGAAACAUCUGAAGCUGGGAACGCUAUCGAUGGUCAACAACGGUGAAGGGAUGUUGGGCUCUCAAUUUCUCAUAACUUUGAGCGACAACCUCGACUACUUAGAUGAGCAGGGACAUUGUGUCUUCGGAGAGGUUGUUGAAGGCAUGGAGUUCCUCGAGAAAAUCAACGAGGUCAUUUGUGACAAAGACGAGAGACCUAUGCAAGACAUCUUGAUUUCGCACACUGUGAUCCUGGACGAUCCUUUCGCAGAGCCCGAGAACUUGGAAUAUCCGGCAUCCCCCGAAGUUACCCUCGAGAUGCUGAAAUCCGACCGUAUCGCCUGUUAUGAAGACAUCGCCGAAUAUGAAGGCCGCACAGCAGAAGAGAUCGAAGAGGCGUUGAAGGAGAAGGAAGCGAAAGCUCAAGCGACGGUCUUGGAAAUUAUCGGGGAUCUCCCAGACGCGGACAUAGCACCUCCGGAGAAUGUUCUCUUCGUCUGCAAACUCAACCCGGUGACGAACGAUGACGAUCUCGAGCUGAUCUUCUCGCGUUUCGGAGAAAUCAGAGGUUGUGAAAUUAUCCGCGACAGGAAAACGGGGGAGAGUCUUCAGUACGCCUUCAUCGAAUUCGCCAACAAGGAGUCUUGUGAACAAGCUUAUUUCAAGAUGGAUAAUGUUCUCAUUGACGACAGAAGAAUCCAC